CGUCAGGCUUGCAGGAGGUAAAAGACACACCCUAGGCGUGGAGAAAACACAGAAAAGAGCCGACACAAAGACUUGGGGAAGAUGUCGCAGCCAGGCGAAGUGAAAAAGAAAAAGCGUCCACCCAUGAAGGAGGAGGACCUGAAAGGAGCCCGAAGCAAACUGGGCCUGAAAGGUGAAGUCAAGAGUAAGACCUAUGAGGUCAUGGCGGAGUGUGAGCGAAUGGGCAAAGUUGCACCAUCAGUGUUUAGCAAUGUCAGAUCAGGGACCGAGACGUCCCUGGAAAAGCCUGCUGACAAAGCCCCGGGUGCCAGCGUCUUCAACAAGUAGCCUCUCAUUUCAGUAUUCAUUUGUGAAAAUACUUGCACUGUAGGCAAAUCACUACAUUGUGAUAGAUUUCCAGCAUUUUUGUUCUGAAUUUAUAUUUCCCAGAAAUCUUGGAAAAAAGCCCAGAGGAAGUCUGUAUUGACAAAGAGGGGCUUUAACUCAACAGUUGUUGUACUUUGGAUUUUGUAAAGUGUAUCAACCUUAGUGAGUAACACCGAUGUGUUCUCAAACAGUGGUUAAAUCUCACGCCCCCUCCCCCGUGUUUGUACUUUUU